UGAAGAAAAUACUUCCUAUGAAAAGUACAAGUACCUGAUUCUGGGAAAACUCUUAAAGCACUUCUAACUUCAGAGCUGUAGAAAAGCAUGAAGGAACAGUCCAUCUGACUCCCUCAGCAUCUCACACAGAACACAAAAUGGCUCUUCAGAAAAAAACUGUUGCUGGUGUCUUGGAGGAGUGGUGUUUGGAGGAACCACUGUUCAGUUGCAGACGGCACCGGAAUGUUAGGAAAAAACUGAGACUGAUACGAAUUAUAGGGCUUCUUGUCAGUGUAGUGGCCAUUAGUACUUUCUCUCUUUCAAUUAGUGCCUUUUUCAAGAUGGAACCACAUAGCAUGGCAUUGGCCAGCAGCCUAGAUAGCCGAAAGCUGGUGCAUGGGCACCAAAGAACUCUGUUGGAUUUCGCAGAACAGAAUGAAAAUGGCACUCCAGACCCACACACUUCUAUGAAACAUGAAGCUGAGCACGACAAUGCAACAGAUGACCAUUCCAAGGGAGAGUACCCCACGGACCUUUUCUCUCUUGAGGAGAGAAGAAAGGGAGCAGUGAUCCUCCAUGUAAUUGGAAUGAUAUACAUGUUCAUAGCUUUAGCCAUAGUCUGCGAUGAGUUCUUUGUACCUUCCUUGACUGUCAUCACUGAAAAACUGAGCAUAUCUGACGAUGUGGCAGGGGCAACCUUCAUGGCUGCUGGUGGGUCAGCCCCAGAACUCUUCACUUCUUUAAUAGGAGUGUUUAUAUCCCACAGCAAUGUCGGCAUUGGUACAAUAGUGGGAUCUGCCGUCUUCAAUAUCUUGUUUGUUAUUGGAAUGUGUGCUUUAUUUUCUAGAGAGAUCUUGAACCUUACUUGGUGGCCGCUCUUUCGAGAUGUGUCCUUUUACAUCAUUGACUUGAUCUUGCUAAUCAUCUUUUUUCUGGAUAACUUGAUCAUGUGGUGGGAAAGCUUAACGCUUCUGACAGCAUAUUUUUGCUAUGUGGUUUUCAUGAAGUUCAAUGUUCAAGUAGAAGAAUGGGUGAAGAAAUUUUUAAACAGAAACAAGGUUGAGAAAGUAACGGCAGCAGACGCUGAAGGAAAGACUAAGCCACGGCUCCAGCGGGGAGGAAGCUCUGCAUCUCUCCACAACAGUCUAAUGAGGAACAGCAUCUUCCAACUCAUGAUUCACACACUUGACCCGCUUGCUGAAGAGCUUGGAUCAUAUGGAAACCUAAAAUAUUAUGACACAAUGACUGAAGAAGGAAGGUUCAAGGAAAGGGCCUCAAUUCUGCAUAAGAUCGCCAAAAAGAAGUGCCAGGUGGAAGACAGUGAAAGGCAGAAUGGAGCUGCUAAUCAUGAAAAAGGUGCAAAAGUUGAAGUUGCAGUAACACCACCGAGUGAUUCAGGACCAGUGCAGAAUGGAAUCGCCCAUAACGUUGAAGAAGAGAAUGAAGAGGAUGAGGACCAGCCGCUCAGCCUGGCCUGGCCUGACACCCCACGCAAGCAGCUCACUUACCUUCUUGUAUUACCUAUUGUUUUUCCACUGUGGGCUUCCCUCCCGGAUGUCAGAAAACCUAGGUCAAGAAAAUUUUUUCCUAUCACAUUUUUUGGCUCUAUCAGCUGGAUUGCAUUUUUUUCUUACUUAAUGGUCUGGUGGGCACAUCAGGUUGGAGAGACCAUUGGUAUUAGUGAAGAAAUCAUGGGACUGACUAUUCUAGCUGCUGGCACAUCCAUUCCUGACCUUAUUACCAGUGUUAUUGUGGCACGCAAAGGUCUGGGGGACAUGGCUGUAUCCAGUUCUGUUGGAAGCAACAUAUUUGACAUCACAGUGGGCCUUCCUCUUCCGUGGCUCCUGUAUGCUAUGAUUAACAGCUUUGCCCCGGUGACAGUCAGCAGCAAUGGCCUGUUCUGUGCGAUUGUCCUCCUCUUCAUCAUGCUGCUCUUUGUCAUCCUCUCCAUCGCUUUCUGCAAGUGGAGGAUGAAUAAAAUCCUGGGCUUUCUCAUGUUUGGGCUGUAUUUUAUGUUCCUGAUCGUUAGUGUCCUCCUGGAGGACAAAGUGAUCCAGUGUCCUGUCUCCGUUUAGUGGAAAAUGCUGUUUCUUGAGAAAAAAAAACAACAAUGAAACAAAUGUAUUUAUUAAAAAAAAAAAAAAAUAUCAAAAUGAAACAGCGAAAAACCGCAACGGAAAGCUUCUACGAGAAUAACCCUUGGAUUUGUGAAUUUCCUCUCCCUCAAUUUUAAAAGAGAGAAAGAAAGAAAGAAAAAAAAAGGGAUACAACGGGUGGAUCUCAGAGCUGAAGAACGACCACUGCUGGGCAGUGCAGUCACACCUGAAGGGCUGGGUCCAGCUGCGCUGAGGUUUUCUUUGUCGCCGCACACACGGACACAGUAAAAGCUACUGCUUCUCCUCUGCCCAUGGCCCAGACUUCUGGCGCGCUGUAGUAGUGUACACGGACACACGGCGUGCCCAGUUCUUGCAGCUCUCAUCUUCUAAGGGGAAUGCUAAUAUUAACUUUGUGGAGGCACCACCACCCCCACACCCUGGUAUGGGAUUUUUCUGAUAAUCUGCUGAAACUCCCGAAUGGAAAGCGUACGCUGAGCGCAUGAGUCACAGAUAGGGAAGAGCUUGAACAUCUCUUCAUAGAAGUGGAUUUAUAUGGUGCCAUUUCAGCAAAGCCAGGGAGUUCAUCAGUGUUUUGAGCCUCUGCAUCACAGGUCUGUAAAGCCAAUCAGCAGGAUGUUAGUGGUGGUUUAUUACAUCUUGCAAACGCUUCAGAUUCCAGAAACUCUGGCUCUGGUGCUGAAGGGGCCACGCUGCCUGGCCAUUUUGUGUGACUGGUGCAGAUUUUCAUUGCAUUCACAUGCAAAGACCAGAAUGGGGAUAACUCUUUCUUCUCUAAUAGCAACACAGCAUGCGGAGAGAUCAUAUAACUACUAUGAGAACACACCGUUUUUUUCUAAUGCAGCAAUACUAAUAACAACAGUACCAAUGGCUUUCAGAUGUUGUUACCAUUGUGAGUUUGCCUUUUCAUGCCAGAAGAAAAAGGCUAAUUUGCUUAUGUGUAGUAAUUCAUACAGAAAAUAGAAGUAGUUGUAAAGUGGCAGCCUAAUUGCUGAAGUGGAUAUAUGUUUUACAGGCUGUCUUUCAUCAUUACUUGGAGUGUAAGGACCUUCACAGCUACAUAUAGCCAUUGCUGGAAGAGAUCCCCAGCUGCUGUACAAAGCUGGGGCAGUUCACAUUUGCUUUUAUAAAUCUUGAAACUAGGUAGGGAAAACUAACUGUUUAAAUAUAGUGGAGCUGCAGGAAACCUACAUGAAAAUUUUUCAGUAUUGCUGGAAGUGUGAAUGUCUAAAGAAGCCCAGGGGGUAUUCUUUUACUGGAAUCCUGAGAGAAGGAGAAGGUCCAAACCUAGAACAAAAAAAAAAUAACGAGAAAGAAAGCAACUAAGUGUUUGUCUUUCCUCUAGUUUGGAUAAUUAAAAAAAAAAUAAAUGAGAGGACUGGAAUGUGUAUUAAGAAAGUAUUUAAGAUAACCAUUUGUUUGUUCAACUCUUAUGUGCAGUUAGAGUUCAUUAAAUUUCAGCACAUUUCUGUGACCUGUUUCAGCAUUGUUUUGUACCCGAAUUGUGCUCACAAUGGCAAUGCUGUGCUCACAGCUGUGUAACAGAAGGCUCAGCACAUUUUGUCUUGUCUGUUUUUCUGUGUUCCAUGCUGUUUGCUUCUCACUCAUCCUGUUGUCCUUUACUGUUUUCCUGUUAUAUGUGUUUGUAUAUAACAAUAUCUGGUUAGAGACUACAGACAGAAAACAAAGGUAGAGAAAACAGUAAAAAAUACAUAUUAUAAGUUACUAAAAAUUUAAUAUUAUGCAAUAUCAUGAAGAAAAAAGUAAAAUAAUAAUGAACAAAAGCAAGAAACUAGGAGUUACAAUGUCUGCCACUCACGUCUUGUCCCAAGAUACUAUGUCCUAGCUACAUUCAAGACCAGGUAUUUGAUCUUAACCACACAUUUGCAACAUCUCUUGCUUCUUAGUGCUUUUUAGUGUGAGCUUCACUCAUUGUGAGCAAAAAAAAAAUUUGUCUGUGUAUUUAAGAUCCUUCAUUUCUCCCGAAUCUAUACGAUAGUCUCAAGGGUAGUGCUGCCCACCUCUGAAUAGGCGUUUGGAAGGGUGUACGCCAUGGAAAGAUAGACAUGUACGUACCUACAGUGCCCUCUACUGACGGGAGCAGAGAUCUUGUCAAACCAAACCUACAACCCAAAUUCCGAGCUCAAAUGAAGCAGUUGCCCUAAGACUCGGGGCUGAUUCUCUGCGCUAGAAUCUGUCCCAGAGCAGUCACCAAACUCUUUUAUUUCUGACAACGGUGCUCAAAACAGGCACAGAUCCUUUCCCAAGUGAGCAGAGUUAAGACAGAUCCAUCCACACGAGCGUGUGCAGGAACAAAAUAGGUCUCUACGUACAGGCGUUACAACAUACAAAGAUGCCAAGAUUCACCAGUCUGGCAUUUAAAAUCACAAAACCAAGGAAGGGCGAGAGUCUGAUCUCUGUUCGGUACAUUGCUCCUUUUUUGCUUGGUUGGUUUGGGGUUGGUUUUUUUUUUCGUUCGUAACUUGGUGUAACUCCCAUGCUGGAGAGGAAGAAGCCCUGCCUGAGCUGGGGAGCUGUAAGAGGGCUCCGCUGCACCCUGCAAAGUGAGGGCUGCAGCAGGGGAGGCCACUGCCCCACGGAGGGCAGGCAGGGAGAAAAGAGGAACUGACCAAAAGCCCUACACACUGGGAAUGUUUCAGUCCAAAGCUGGCAUCAGCAGCUCGAAGGAAGAAUUUUAUGUGUAUGGCUAAGGGUGGUGUCCUGUAGUGGCAUUUGUAUGCUGUCUUAAAAUAUACCUGACUCAUUCCUUUCCUGUGUCUGUUUGCCCCCAUCAAUGUAUUUAUCUCGGAAGGUAUUAAAAGUAACUUUUUCCCCUUAGGAAUGAGACACUUCACAGCUCGCGCUGCCUUGCAUCUGCUGGGCAGAUCUUAAUUCAAAUAACUGGAUAGCGGUGUGGCCAGUGUGCAGCUCAGCUCCAGAGGUAAUAGGAGAGGUUUCAGUUGUGUGGCGCUUUUCGUGGAGGCUGGCUGCAAAAGCUGGUUGUACUUACCAAGGCAGCUUUCCACAUAACUGCUGGGGUAAACUGUUUUAGGAUCCUUGCAUGCUGAUGUGCCCUUCAAUUAUAGCACAGCAGCUGUGCUGGUGGACAAAAGACAGGGGUGGGAUGGAGGGAGAAGCAUGGGCCCUUAUACCAUGUGGGAGGAGUUUGAAAAUCUUAAACUGGAGAGAGCAGCCCAGAGCUGCUGCAGCCCAGUGACUGGACGUCCAUAACCUCUAUAGGUUCUACAUUGGCAAAAAUGCACACCACUUGGUGGAACACUGCUAUUUUACAAUGACAGCAGAUUUCCCAGCACAAAGUGUUUCUCAUUGUUCAUAGCUGUUUCCUUGUGGGAUCCAUGAACAUUUCUCAACAUUGUACACCUAGAAGCCACAAUUAAAUUUCUGUUUUCUUCAAAGUUCUGAAAGACUUCACUAGGGAUCUGGUCCAGCAAACUGCCCAAAUUCUACAGCAAGUUGGUCAGCAUUGAAGCCUCUUCCACCUGCCUGUAUGCUUGUGUUCAUUUAUUCAAUUGACUAUGCUGUCUGCAUAAUCCUUAUGAAGCAUGAAUGAAUAAUUAAUACAGAAAUCAGUGUUGUGAUCAAGGUCCUGUUCUAGCCUAGGGUGUUCAGGACAACACCAGGUUGGCAACGCAGUAAGUAAGAUAAGAAUGCAGCUUCAGGUUAAAUGGGCAACUCUCUGUGGCACCAUCACACCUGAACAGAACCAGUGUUGGGCAUGAUUUUUGGAAGGGAUUUCCAGUAGCAUCUGAAUAGGAUCAUGGGUGAGAUUGUGACCUGUUGUAAAAUUUUCUGCACUAGCUUCAUUGGAAUUAAAGAAGAGAAUGGGCUCCAUCAGUACAAAAUACCACUGGAGUCCUACAAGUUGUUGCUGUUUUCUGCUAAAACCAAAACCAAAAAAGCUGGCUUCCCUCUGCAGAAGCCAGAAUCGAAUCUGUAGGGUAAAUGCUACAAAAGUGUGAUAAAAAGUGUGAUAUAAGGAUGAUAUCCUCAAGAACUACAUGUAGACAUGGAAAAAUCUUUCAACAAAGUUCAGUGUAUUUUAAAUUAGCAAUUUUACUGACAGCUAGUGCUUUCUUAUAGAGCAGACAGGCUCUCAGUGUCUGUAUGCCUCUGCUUAUUUAUUCAAUUGAUGUGGCUGUCUGCAUAAUCUUCAUGAAGCAUAAAGCACAGUGGGUGACAAAGAAGCUUAUCUAGAUGUCAUUUGAUGUUUGUAAUGGCAAUGAACCUACCAUGUAAUUUCCACAUACGCUACUCUGAAGUAGUUUAUGGCCGCUGUCACUCAUGGUACUGUUGUGUGUGGAUAUGAAGGUCCACAAAGCAGUAAAUUAAACAUGUGGUUAAUCCAAGUACUGUAAAAAAAUAGAUGCUUAGAAAUACUCUUAAUGUUUGGGUGUUUUUUAAGGGAUUAUUUCUCUGGUUGUCUUUUACUUCAUUACAUAUUUUAUGAAAAAGGGGAUAUACAAUGUUUUUUAAUUAUUCUUCUUUCAGCAGUAAUUCUUUAAAAUAGCAUCUUGUGGUCCAUAUAAGUUAUGUUCUAGAUCAAAUAUGAGUCUGUAUCAGAUGGAUGGAUUUAUUUAACUUAUAACAAAGAAAUAAUCCCUUCUCCAACAACAGGCCCACUGAAAUCCAGAUUAUUUCCACCAUUAACUUGGGUAAGAUGUAGAUUUUUAUCUUAGGUAUUUCAUAAAUGCACUUGUGUAACAAACAUAAUUGUCCUGGGAGCUAUGUACAAAGAAAAAAAAAUUGCAUUCACUUGUAUUCUUGGAAACCAUUUUACCUCUUGUAAAUAACAAUGACACGGCUAACUGAGAAGAAGGCAUGGUUAGUUCCUUUGAGCAGGUGAUUUUUGUUUUCCUGCUAUUCCUGGGAAGUUUGGUGCAAGAACUUGCAGCUGGAAACAUAUCUGCAGACAGUGAUUUUGUGGUUAGCAAAUGGAGUAGUUUGAACGCAACAGUGUGGAGAAGAGUCUUGUUCCAGCCCUCCAACAGGUGUGGGUUUUGCUCCCGGUUGAUGUUAAAACGAUCAUUCUUGGAUCUGUUGCCAUCAGUUACGGGAGUAUUAGUACUGAGAUGUCUGUAAUUUCCACUGGGACUGGGGAGAGUAACUUCCAGAUUGAAGUCGGGCAAUUUAGUGUACCCAUCCGAUACAGAAACCCUCUAUGGAUCACAGCCCCAUAGUCCAGACAAGUCAUCCUGUAGACCUGCUGUGUGUUGCUAGUUGUCAGUGAAUGGCAUCUGAGGACUUGUCUGCCUUGAUGGGUGCAGAUAGUUUGGACGUUCCCCUGCCCAUGCUCCUGCCUGGCUGGAUGUAAGCCAUGUCUUCUCCAGAAGCCAUGUAAUCCCAUUAGUGUGGCACUGAGCCCCUCCUCCCAGCCAGCCAGAUGCAGGUCAGCCCCAUCCUAGAAGCCAUGUAACCACUUGGAGCAUGGGUAGACCAGACACACAACUGUCCACGACAUUCCUACAUGAGCCAUAAGUGGCCCAGGACAAGAAUAAGUAAGAAAUAAUGUAAUCUGAGACUGGUAAAUGAACUGUACAUUCAUGUAGGUUUAUUGUAAAUUCACUACUCAUCAAACAUAAAACCAAUCCAAACAAUGAAAUUUGUAUGUGUUUUUAAAAAUCUUGCACUUUACUAUUUUUUUUUAUUUUUAUUUUAUGUCACAUAGUUGUCUUAAUGCAAAAAGAAGCCAUAAAAAACCCAGAAGACUAGUAUGGGGUUUCUAAAUAAGGGGAUUGCUAAUUUUGAAGUAAAGAAUCCAUUUCAUGUCUCUGUUUAAGGUAUAAUGUAAAAUACUGUCAAAUAAAUGUACAGUAAAGCAGGAUCUGGUUUUGCCUUAGUGAAGCUGUGAGUAAGUUGGGGAGGGGGGGGGAGUUUGCUCAUACUCUUGAGCUUCCCUGUGGGACUGUACAAAAUGCUGCACACUCUCUUUGCAGCAGGGGCUCAAUCCUGCCAUCCUUUUUCACCCCAGAAGAGGGAAUACAGUGCUCACAGAGUCAGGCCCAAUGAAGCAAUUAAAUCAUCCUGUUACUCUGAUGCUUCCACUGAGGUCACAGUAAAGGAAGCUCCUCAUGUUUCACAAGAGAUGAGUUACUUCUGUCACAUCUAUUUUACAAAAGAGUUAAAGUUUUCAGGGUCAGGAUAUCCAGCAGAAAUCAAUCAUUUCUUUUAAGCCCCGCAUCAAAAUUAAAUGAUGCCAAAGGGAUUUCACUUGGAUUUUUCUUAAUUUCCAUUAUCAAGAUCUCUGUUACGCAGUUUUAAUUUUGCAAUCCUGACUCUGGGGAGUUGACUCACAUGAGUAGAAAUUAUUUCUGUCACUUAAGAUGGCAAGAUCAGGUCAUUGUAUUGUCAUGUGAAAAUAAUAGUAGUGUGUUAUAACUGACAAUCAGAUGCUAUUUUUGUAAUAAAGCUUUUUUAGCUUGUUUGUUUAACUUUGUAGUUUUCAUACUCUUUCAUCUCUCAUUUUCAACAAUGUAAGAAAAAUCUGGAGAAGUCCCCCAUCUUACACAUUUCAAAAUGAAAAAAGAAUACAUUGCCAUGGAAGCCAGUCCAGGCAAACCCCUGAAAAUUCCAGUUUUUCUCAUGUGUUUAUGUGUAUGGAUCAUUAUUCACUACAUGAAACUCUUGUGUCACUGGAUCAGUUCAUUCUCUGUGAAUAUAAGUUUGUAUAUAGUAUGAAAGUUAGCUUUAUUUGUACAUAGGCUCUCAGAAAUAAUCCCUUCUAUCAAAAGUCCUACUUCACUGUAUCUACAGAAUGUUUCACUGUGGCGUGUACACUUUCUCACCUAAUGAUAUCAAUACAGAGCUCUCCAUAUAAAUCACUUUAUGUAAUUGAGUUGUCUAAGUGUGAAUAACAAUAACAACAAUAAAUACUAAUAAAAAGAC